CAGCUAGAACCACUGCGCAGAUGUGUGCGCAUGUUUUAGUGAGACAGAUAUUAUUGCUUUUAAGACAGAGACACGAGCUGCUUCUGCACCAAAACACGAAAGAUGUCAUUUGCCAGUGACAAGCUGUACAAAGGAUACUUGCGGCGGAAAAUGCCGACCAUUGUGACCACGGUGAAAACGACACAAAUCAUGAUCCAUCUGCCUUGCUUGACUUCUCAUGACAGGGAAAACAUUGAGGCUAAAAGAGAGACUCGUGGGGACACUGAAAGCAUGGUGCUUCUUCUGGACUGUCUGAAGAGAAGAGAAAACUGGCCGGAGCAGUUCAUCGAAGCUCUUGAGGCGUGUGAGCAUCCAACUUUAGCUGCUGAGAUCAGAGCAGAAUACAACACUCUGAGAGGCAUCAACAAUUUCAACCCCAACUCCCCUCCCCUCUUCAGGGCACACGUCCAUCCUGCACCCUCUGCCAGUCAUCGGUCCCUCCCACAAGGUGGUGCAAACAGUCAGGCUGUUGUUGCUCCACCAGCUGAAGCAUCAGCUCCUCCACAGCCAGCUGCCCAGGCCUCCCCCCCUCUGGAAACCCCUGUGCAGCAACAAGUCCCCCAGAGCUCAGCAGCCAAUGUUCCUGAAGCAGUUUCCCCAUCUGAGCCUGUUGCUAAGCCUCCACAGGUAACUCAGAAUGAAGUGAUGCCCUGUCCAACACCUCCUCUCUCCCCUGUUACCCCACAUGACCAGGCCACUAAAACCCCACCGCCUCAGAGGAAGAUUGAAUCUCACCAGGAGCCGGUGGAAAACUCUGAAUCAGACAUCCAGGAUAUCUCUGGUGAUACUGCUGUGAUCCCUGAUCAGGUGAGGGCAGGAACCAGUGAGGUAUCGUUGAACUCUGUGGCUACUCUUCAACCCCCCCAUCCUGUUGAGCAGUGUGAAACAGACUCUCCGACCCACCCAGAUCCGGUCCAGACAACAACCACCGCCACAGAGAUCAGUCCACCACAGAGUCCCUCUCCAACUCAGAUGAACUCAGAUGUGACCAAUGGAUCCUCUUUUCCCAUAAUGACCCCAGAGAGACCUCCAGUCCAGGAUACCACCCCUCCUGUUGACCUAAAACCUGCUGCUGUCCUGCAGCCUGAACAGAUGUCUGGACCUCCUGCUACACAAGUUGUUGAAAGCAGUCCACAGACAGAAACUGCAGCUCCAACCUCCCCCCUGCCUGGUGCUGCUGGGGUGGACACCUCUCUCUGUGAGGACACAGUGUCUCUAAGCAAGCCUGGUCAACUCAUCAGCAUCCUCCCACCACAUCAUGAGCACCCUGCUAUCCCUGCACCCAGCUCCCCGGUGCAGCCCUACUCGGGUAAUACUGAGCGUCUGGAAAUGAGCGAUGCUGCAGGUGACACUGUGACCUCUGCCUGCCUUUCUGCACGCUCUGCUGUCAGCUCCACCAUCGAGAGUACAGUCUCUAGACUGCCGUGCCAGGAGAACGGCAUUGCUCUUAACCAUAACGAACCGGAGGAAAACCACUAUGACUCUCCUUCUCAGAGUUUUGGAAUGCAGGAGGUGCUGGAGAACGUGGUGCACGUAUCCGAGGAGGCCUCUAUCCUUAACCAAGACGGCCAAAGCCCAACGCCACAAGCUCAAAUCGUCAGUGAUGAAGCAGCCACGCCUGCACCACCACUAUUCACCAACACUGUUGAAACUGUAUCGAGUGUUAACACCCCCUCCAGUGAGAACUACCAUCCCUCUGAGCCUGCACCUGCUGAUAUUUCACCACAGCAGAAGACACAGACACAGGAUUUAGAGAAGAAGGUGGCCUCUGGCACCAUGCCAAGUAAUACAAAGUACAUCCUUACCGCUGCAGGAGUGGGCGCCUGUGCACUGCUGAUGGCCUGGAGGUUUAGGAGAUAAGGGGAUUUAAUACCUUUAAGAUUAGGCUUUAAGGCUUUUGAAAGAGGAUGUAAUGGUUAUGGUGCCUUAUUGUAGUCACUGGACUGGGAGGACGUGGGACAGCUGUUUAAUAAUUACCUUUAGUGAUAAUAGCUGCCUCACCAGACCUUUGAUCGUGUAAGUAAUUACAGGUAUGCUGUUAUGUUGGACUAUGUUUUAGCAUUUUACUGUUGAAUAAAGUUGGCCCUAAAAACCAAAUCCCCCUUCUUAUCCUAGUUUGGAAACUUAAUGGAUCUGGGUU